AUGGCUGCUACCAUCGGAAGCAAGGUCUCUCUGCUUUUGAGUCUCCUCUCAGUGUCAUUGCUCGCUGUGAGGUCAGAUUCCCUUCGGAAUGUCGGGGCAGUUCCCCCAUCAUGCGAGCGCAUAGAGUGCCCCAGCUAUGAUCUCAUACAAAGUGGAAAUGGCUAUGAAAUUCGUCGCUAUAAUUCACCCGUUUGGAUUUCCAACACCCCCAUUCAAGACAUUUCUCUUGUUGAAGCCACAAGAACGGGCUUCAGGAGGCUAUUUGAUUAUAUACAGGGUAAGAACAACUACAAGCAGAAAAUUGAGAUGACAGCACCUGUGAUCACUGAAGUAUUACCAAGUGAUGGACCUUUCUGUGAGUCCUCAUUUGUUGUGAGCUUCUAUGUGCCGAAAGAGAACCAAGCAAACCCGCCUACUGCAAAGGACCUUCAGGUUCAAAGAUGGAAGUCUGUGUAUGUAGCAGUUAGACAGUUUGGUGGAUUUGUCAAAGAUUCUAAUGUUGGGGAAGAAGCUGCAGCCUUGAAGGCUAGCAUUGCUGGAACCAAGUGGGCUGCUGCAGUUGAGAAGAGCAAGGGAGCUGGUCAUGCUUCUGUUUACACUGUUGCACAGUACAAUGCCCCUUUUGAAUAUGAUAAUAGGGUGAAUGAGAUAUGGUUCUUGUUUGACAUUGAAGAUGGACUUAAAACCAUGUGA